AUUGAUGUCUUGUUCCUGGUAGCUGACUCUCUGAAGACUGCUCUUCUCUGGAUGAAAUGGCGUCAUCUUUCUUUUUUGACUUUGGCCUUAUGUGGUACCUAGAGGAGCUCAGCAAGAAGGAACUGGUGAAAUUCAAGGAGCUCCUCAAGCAGGAGACUGAGGAACUUGGGCUGAAGCAAAUUCCCUGGUCUGAGGUGAAGAGAGCAUCAAGGCAACGCCUGGCCAACUUGCUCACCAAGUACUAUGAGGGACCGCAGGCCUGGAACGUGACCUGCAGGAUCUUCCACAAAAUCAACAGGAGGGAUCUCUGUGAGAAGGCCUUGAGAGAGUGCACUGGCCACACAACGAAGUAUCGAGCUCACAUAAAGGAGAAGCUCAGCUACAGGUGGCGCAGAGAAGCCAUCACAGAGGUGGCUGAGGUCUUUCACCAGAAAAUCACUCGGGAAGAACGUGAAUAUUUUGACUUGCUUCUGAAGCCAACGGCCACUGAGGAACAUUCACGUACGGUGGUCAUCAAAGGGAUCCCAGGAAUUGGGAAGACAAUUCUUCUAAUGAAGUUAACUCUGGCCUGGUCAGGUGGCCUCCUUGGACAGGACCAAUUUUCCUAUGUCUUCUAUUUCUGCUGUAGAGAACUGAAAAAGCUUCCUGCCACAAGCCUGGCUGACCUCAUCUGCAGAGAAUGGUACCAGUCCUCUCUCCCCAGCAUGGAGAUCACAGCCCAGCCAGAGAGAAUCUUGUUCAUCAUUGACAGCCUUGAAAAACUAAAUUGUGACUUGGACCAGCCUGAAUCAGAGCUGUGCAGUGACUGGACGGAGCAAAAGCCUGUCCACAUACUUGUGAAUAGUUUACUGAGGAAGAAAAUGUUCCCACAAUCCUCUCUGAUCAUUGCCACCACACAUGACCUCUCAGAGGAGCUAGAGGAAAAGUUGAAGGGUCUCCAGGUGCGGUCAGUCCUGGGGUUCGAUGACCAGAGUAAGAAGCUCUAUUUUUCAUCCCUAUUCUCCAACUGGUGGCAGGCCAUGCAGGCCUUCAAUAUGGUCCAGGAGAAUGAACAGAUCUCCCACCUGUGCGAAGUCCCACUGCUCUGCUGGCUUGUGUGCACAUGCCUGAAACAGGAGAUGGAAAGGGGGCGAGAGCUGGCCGAUGCCUGCCGGUGUACCACUGCCCUGUACACCACCUUCAUCUUUCAAGUGUUCACCCCCAAGGGCACCCAUCGUCCCAGUUGGCAAGGCCUAGCUCAGCUGCAGGGCCUGUGCGCUCUGGCUGUAGAGGGCAUGUGGACCAACACAUUUGUGUUUCCCGAGGACAUGCUGUGGAGAAACGGGAUUGCUGUCCCAGACAUUCCUACAUUGCUCGAAGCCAAGCUCCUGCUCAGGGACAAGGAGCUUGAGGACUACUACACCUUCUUCCACUUAUCUGUCCAAGAGUUCUGUGCUGCCUUGUUUUAUGUGCUCAAGGACCCCAGUGAGCACCCUCACCCCGCUGUGGCCCGUGUAGAGGAGCUCCUGAUGACCUAUUUAAAGGGAAAUAAAAAAACCUGGAUUUUUCUGGGGUGUUUCCUUGUUGGCCUUUUACAUGAAAAGGAGCAAGAGAAGCUGCAUGCAUUUUUUGGCUUCCAAUACUGCCAGGAGGUGAAGCAGCGGUGUCAGCAGUGCCUGAGGAAAGUCAGUGAAGAUGAAGAUCUCCAGAGUCAGAUGGACUUCUUGAAGCUGGCUUACUGUCUGUUUGAGAUGCAGAAUGACAUUUUUGCGAGGCAGGUGUUGGAGCCCUUCAAGGAAGUGGACUGUUUAAUUGAGGACAAUCUAGACUUGACCGUCUCCUCGUACUGCUUAAAAUUCUGUAGUAGCUUGAAGAACUUUUGUCUCUCCAUACAAGAUAUCUGGGGAAAGAAACAGAACCGGCCUGUGUAUAAGUCCAGUCUUGGCUGCUGGUACCAAAUAUGCUCGGUACUUGCGAAAAAUGCAUGCCUCUACAAUUUCCAGAUGAAAGACAGCAUCCUGAGUGAGUCAGCGUAUGUGGCCUUGUAUGGCCACCUGAAGCAGCCCACCUGUCUCCUCGAAACCCUUGAGAUGAAGGGGGUGGACUUAAGAUUUGAGACCCAUCUUUUCUUUGAAAUAUUUGUUUCCAACCCAAAUCUUAAAUACUUGAGCAUCAGCAGCACGGAGCUGUCCAGCAAGGACGUGCAACUGUUCUGUGAAGCCCUGAACCACCCAACAUGCAACAUCGAAAAGCUGUACUUGGAGGACUGCAACCUCUCCUCCUUUGACUGCAAUGCCCUCGCCCCAGUUCUGAUCAGAAAGAAGCUGACGCAUCUGAGCCUGACCUGCAAUUACCUGGAGGCUGGUGUGAACCCCCUGUGCGCAACCCUGUGCCGCCCCGAGGUCAUCCUCUGCUACCUAGGGCUAAGUGGCUGCUACCUCAGUGAGCAAUGCUGUCCAUCUCUCUCUGAGGUUCUUAUGAACAGCAAAACCCUAAGUUAUCUGGACCUGAGCUUGAACAACCUGAAAGACGAAGGCCUGGAGAUUCUCUGUGAGGCCCUGCGGCUCCCGCAGUGCAUGCUGAGGACUCUGUGCAUAAUGGAGUGUGGCUUGUCCGCCCAUGGCUGCCGUUACCUUGUUCCAGUCCUCACCCAUAGCCAGCACCUGAGGAAUCUGCAGAUGGGGGGCAACGACGUGGGGGACGCCGGUGCCAAGCUGCUGUUUGAAGCUCUGACACAUCCCAGCAGUAGCUUGAAGAACCUUGGCUUGCAUGGGUGUGAGUUAACCAGCGCCUGUUGUGAGGACCUGUAUUCCGCUCUCACCCACAGCAAGAAGCUGGAGGAACUAAACUUGAUAGCCAACAACCUGGACUCCAUUGGGGUGACUCUGCUAUGCGAGGCCCUAAAUCACCCAGAGUGCCCCCUGAGGGUGCUCUGGAUGAACAAAGAUGACUUAGAUGAAGAAUCACAGGUCCUUCUGUGGACGGAGGCAGAGAGAAACCCUGAACUGGCCAUUAAGAAUUGUUUGAAGAGGAAGAUGCUCUAG